AUGUCCUCUGCUGUAACAUUCCACGCAAAAGUCCCCGCCAACGUCAAGGACGUCCUCUUCACAGACGGCGCCCUCAAGUUCCUCACUGCCCUGCACAGAAACUUUGAAGCCACAAGGCAAUCGCUGCUCGCUGCUCGCGAGGAUGCCCAACGCAAAUGGGACUCUGGCGCGCCAUUCGACUUCCCGCCCGAGACUGCUGCCAUUCGCGCCGACCCCGCCUGGCUGUGCGCACCCCCGGCCCCUGGACUGGAGGACAGGAGGGUGGAGAUCACCGGUCCUACUGACAGGAAGAUGGUCAUCAAUGCUCUGAACAGUGGUGCCAAGACGUUCAUGGCGGACUUUGAGGAUUCGAGCUCGCCGACCUUUGCCAACAUGGUCAACGGCCAGAUCAACCUGCGCGAUGCCAUUCGCCGCCAGAUUGACUUCGAGAUUAGCGGAAAGCAGUACAAGCUUUCUGAGAACCCCGCUGUCUUGAUCGUCCGUCCUCGUGGAUGGCACCUUGACGAACUUCGCGUCUAUAUCGACGGCGCACCCAUGUCCGGAUCUCUCUUCGACUUCGGUCUUUACUUCUACCACAACGCCAAGGAGCUCGUUGCGCGCGGCCGUGGCCCGUACUUCUACCUGCCCAAGAUGGAGCACUAUCUCGAGGCGCGCCUCUGGAACGAUGUCUUCGUCUUCUCGCAGACGUACAUCGGGAUGCCGCUCAACACCAUUCGUGCCACUGUUCUCAUCGAAACGCUCCCUGCCGCGUUCCACAUGGAGGAGAUCCUCUUUGAGCUCAGGAAUCACUCGUCCGGCCUCAACUGUGGACGAUGGGAUUACAUCUUCAGCUUCAUCAAGAAGCGCCGGGCUGAUCGAGGCGCCAUCCUUCCGGAUAGGAAAGACGUGACCAUGACAGUGGGAUUCAUGGACGCCUAUGUUCGCCUUCUCAUUCAGACAUGCCACAAGCGCAAAGUAGCUGCUAUGGGCGGAAUGUCUGCUCAAAUCCCUAUCAAAGACGACCCAAAGGCUAACGAAGUCGCCAUGGCCAAAGUCCGCGCCGACAAGCUGCGCGAGGUCACUGCCGGCCACGACGGCACAUGGAUCGCCCACCCUCUCAUCAACCAAAUUGCCCGUUCCAUCUUUGACGAACACAUGCAAGGUGCCAAUCAGUAUCACGUCCGCCGCGAGGAAGUCCGUGUGGCUGCCGCUGAUCUCCUGAACACCCAAGUUCCGGGCAAGAUAACUGAAGAAGGCGUACGCGAAAAUGUUGCCACUGCUCUCGCUUACACCUCGGCGUGGCUUGGCGGCAAUGGAUGCAUACCCCUCAACUACCUGAUGGAGGACGCAGCAACUGCCGAGAUCACUCGCGUACAACUAUGGCAGUGGGUCAAGUACGGCUCGCGCACUGACACUGGUGUCCCCAUCACUGUCGCCUACGUCGAUGAUCUGAUCAAGGAGCUCGCCCCUGGUAUCAAGAAACUCGCGUCAGGAGCACAAGAUAAGGAUGUUCAGACUGCCUCCGAGUACAUUCGCAGCCAGAUACGUGCGACAUGGCCCAGCGAAUUCUUGACCAGCGACCUGAUGCCUUAUCUUGCCGUUGCUGAUGGUGUUGAGCCGAAGUACCAGAAGGCUGCGUUGUAA